AUGCCGUCAGCUAACUACCCACGAAUAACAGAUACACAUCGCCUAAUCCCUUCGGGCGUGCCCUCCGCUUACCUCUACGUUGAGAACACGGUUCGCUACCAACCAGACACCCCACAAGGCGGAGUCGAGUUCGAGCACCUGGUGCCAGAUGGGAACCACCUUGUCUACUCCCCGCCCACCAAGUCCGGCGCAGACUCCCCACGGGAGACGUAUGCAGUAGCGUUGCUCCACCAGAUGCGCUGCAUGGACAUCAUUCGGGACGAAUACAACUCCCGCGCCGCACAACUGGACGAUCCGCUGCUGAGACAUUGCAUGAAUUAUCUGCGCCAGAGUAUACUUUGUCUCGCCGAUACGCGCCUGGAGGAGGUUCGGCUACCGCUUCCUGGAGAAAGCAUCUUCGCCGGGGACUACAUCUGCAAGGAUUGGAGCGCGGUUUAUGACGCCGCAGAGAAGCGCAGAUAG